CAAAGGAUGGACAAAGAAAAAUCGCAAUAUGGCUGAGUCAGUGGAAUAUGCAGCAUCGAGCCCUGCAAUAAUUGAUGAAAUCACUACAGAAGAAGGCAUUAAGAAUUGUGUGGGAUAUAAAGCUGAUGCUAAUGAAACUAGUCUCGUCGGGGAAAUAUCAGUCAGCAAUACCACAAAAACGUUAGAAAGUGCUAGUUCGCCAAAUAUAUCGAAGACUUCUACUCAAUUGCCUGUCAUUCCUAAAACUGAAAAACCGGAGGUAGAAAAUAAAAAUAUGCCAGAGGCUCCUGUUCGAAUUACUGCAAUUGCCGGAUUACCAAGGCCUCAGAAACUAACGAAAGACCAACAAGAAAUUCAAAAUUCGAUAGAUACUUCAUUAAUUUCAAAUAAACGUUCCCGCGAUCCAGCUCAACCCGAAGAGCUAAAAAAAGAAUUGGCUA